GAAAAAAUGUUGAUUUGUUAGGAGCAACAGACUGAGACUGACGUCACAGGUAAAAUACAAAUAUUGCGUUUAGAAUUUUGUUGAGCUCCGUAAGGAGUAGAAGGUGGAGUAAGCACAAUUAUUAAGCGGAUUGCAAGCAACUCUCAAGUUCACGAGUCAAAAUGUGAGUAAGUAUUGAUUGAGACGCCGAAAAGAUGCCGGUAGCUUGCGCGAACUUCGCCCGCAUAAAUGGCCUAGUUCAAAAACCGGAACUGAAUGGAAAAUAUGCAGCGGUCCUCGGCAAGAUCGAUAAUGGAAGGUAUCCGGUGAGUGUUCGAGACACGGCAAGCAACGAGGUCAAGAGUUUCAAAAUAAAGCCUCACAAUCUGACGGUUCAGUCCUUGCAUGAGGUGUGCGAAGGGUUGCCUCAUGUGAUCCAGAUUAACGACGAAGAAGUAACAGCCAAAAGCGUAGAAGAAUUCGUUCCACUUCUGAGCGCGGUGCAGAAGCGGCUGCGGAGCAUGCCACAGGAUGACGGGUUCCACCAGCCCGUGAAAGACAUUGCCUGCUAUGUCGAAUUGAGCCUAGCGAAGUGCGCAAGCUUCAGCUCGGCGGGUUUCCCAGCUGCGAAGGUUGAGGAGUUGCAUAAGUACUUCUUCGAACGUCAUCAACAUGUGACACCGCAAACAAGCUGGCUCGGGGCGGUAAUGGACGCAGGACCGGAGUGUCUUUACUACCUGUGUUACGUCAAUGCGACGCAGGAUCUGCUUAAUUUCAGCUACAGAAAAACGGGUGCAUUCGAAAAGGCGGCAAAGUUCUGCUCGGAGUGGCUGGCGCAUGAUGAGAAGCGUGUUUCGGAAAGGACUCUUCGUUGCAAACACGUGCCUGAGAUGCUUUCACGAACGUCCAAGUGA